AUGGUCGCCAACACUGAGCCCGCUGGUUACCAAGCCAGCUCCGCUUUGAAGUUCACCGAACCCACUUCAAACAAGACCAUCCAAGCCAAGCCUUCAGGCCCAAACAAGCUCUUCGCUAAGCCUGGAACUACCUUUGGCGACUGGCGAGAUGACCUCUACCGAGACGGUUACGCUGUCAUCAAGGGCGCCAUUCCCCAUGAGAGAGCUGAGAAGUAUGGCGAUGAGAUGCUUUCAUACCUCGAGAACUUCAACGGCGGCAUGGGCUUCAAGCGCGAUGAUCCUAGCACCAUCAAAGCCGAGACCCUCCCCGUCAUCACCGAAAAAGGAAUGAUCACAGGCUACGGCGUCGCUCACGAAUCCUUCGCUUGGGCUAUCCGCCAAGAACCUGGCGUCAUCGAAGCCUUCGAGCGCGUCUACGACACAAAGGACCUGAUUGUCUCUUUUGACGCUGUCAACACUUCUUUCCCCAACCGCAAAGACGUCAAGGUCAACAAACCCUGGCCUCACCAAGACCAAGACCCUGAGAACCCCGGUUUCCGCUGUCUUCAGGGCCUUGUCAACAUCUUCCCUAACGGUGACAAAGACGGUGGUCUCAUCGUUUGCAAGGGCGCACAUCUCCUCAGUGAAGAGUUCCACAAGGACUUCAAGGAUGAGCCAAACAAGAUCUGGGCUUGGACUCACGAGUGGUACGGUUUCACAGCAGAGGGCAUGGAGUGGUUGAAGAACAAGGGCUGCGAAUGGCAAAAGGUCAAUGCCGGCCCCGGCGAUCUUAUCGUCUGGGACUCUCGCACUCCUCAUUACAAUGUUAGCCCUGAGGGUACUCAGCCGCGAUUCUGCACUUAUACGUGCUACAUGCCUGCUGCGGAUGCUACGCAGGAGGAUUUGAAGAGGAAGAAGGCUGCCUUUGAGAAUCUGCAGGGAACGACGCAUUGGCCUAAUGCUAUGCAUGUUGGAGGAAUUCCUGUUUUGAGAAAUGGAGAGCCUUGUCCUUAUAAUACCAACAAGCCGAGGGAGGCACCUCAGUUGACGAACCGGGGAUUCCAGUUGAUUGGUAUUCCGUAUAUUACUGCAUAA